AUUUUUAAGAUAGGAACAUGGUUAGCCAAAUAAAAGAAAUGAUCUCAUUUAGAUAUAGCCUCCAAAAAAGAAGCCAGGGAAAAAGAAGGGAAGAAAUCAUCUACAUCUUCAAAGUCGAAGACACCAACCGUCGUCGAUGGAGUGUCAACAGCGGAGAUGACGAAAGAAGAAUUAGAGGAACAUAUAAUAAGACUUCGAGAGGAACUAGAAAGAGAACGAGAAGAAAGAAACUACUUUCAGCUUGAAAGAGACAAAGUGAACACAUUCUGGGAGAUUUCCAAACAACAACUUGAAGAUCGCUCGUCUGAACUUAGGAAUAAAGAACGCGAAAUGGAAGAAUCUGAAGAAAGGCAUCAAUUAGAAUUAAAAGUUUAUAAACAAAAAGUCAAACAUCUUCUCUACGAACAUCAAAAUCACAUCUCGGAAUUGAAAGCUGAUUCUGCAACUGCUAUCCGAAUUAAUCAGGAAGAAAAUGCACAAGUCCAGGGACUUCUAAGACAAGACCAGGAAAAUUUGAAGGUUAAGUUGAGAGAAACUCAAUUUUCGAGCGAGGACAACGUGAGAACUUUGAAAAAGAAGCAUGAAAAUGAAAUGCAUGAAAUAAGAAAAGACUUUGAAAGGAAGAUGGAAGAACAAAAAAGGAUUUACGUGAAGAAUACGAAAGAGCUUCGAGAGAGGCUGGAUCUACAGCGGAAGAACGAGCUUCACGAAACUGAAGAAAGGAAAAAUAACCACAUAAACGCUCUUAUGCGCAGUCAUGAAAAAUCAUACGCAGAAAUGAAAAACUAUUAUAACGACAUAACUCUGAACAACUUAGCUCUCAUAAACACACUAAAGGAACAGUUAGAAGAAAGGAAAAAGAAUGAGGAACGUUUAGAACGUCGAGCAACUGAGAUAGCAGCUGAAAAUCGCCGGUUAGUUGAACCGUUAAAUAAAGCUCGUGAAGAAAAUAAUGAGAUGAAAAGACAAAUGACCAACUAUGAAAAGGAUAAGAUUGUACUUAAACAAACUAAAGUUUUACUGAAAACAUAUGAAAAAGAAAAGAAACAUAUAGAAUGGAAGUAUGAUAUUUUAGAGCAACGAUUUAAACAAAUAGAAACUGAACGCGAUGAUUUAUACGCAAAAUUUGUACUAGCUAUUCAAGAGGUUCAACAAAAAUGUGGAUUAAAGAAUAUACUACUGGAAAAACGCUUAAAUGCACUAACUGAAACAAUCGAAAAGAAAGAAGCACAAUUAAGUGAAGUCUUAUCGGCGAGUAAUUUAGAUCCGAUUGCUAUGGCAACAGUAUCAAGAAAGUUAGGAGAUAUUUUAGACUCGAAAAAUGGUACUAUUAAAGAACUUCAGUAUGAACUUGCUCGAGUUUGCAAGGCUCAUAAUGAUCUACUCAUGGCUUGUGAAGGAAAACUUCAACAAUUUGGUAUACCUGUACAAGAACUUGGUUUUCAUCCACUAAAAACUACACUGAACUCUCAGAAAUUAGGUCAAGGACCAGCUGGUUUGAUCUCAGUGCCACCAUAAAAUGUAGUGUAAUAUGAAGCCUAAAAUAAAAUGAAUAUAAACUACACAAAAACUGAAUUCAAUACACAAAACAUUUUUGUUUUUUUAGAACGAUUAAACAUGAAUUUUGAAUUGAACAAUUUUUUAUUACAAAUCUAGUCAAAAAACUAUGAAGCAGUUAUUGGUUUUUAAUUAUCAUUUGAACAAGUAAACUCAAUUUAAAGAAACAAAUUGAGAAGUAUCUCAUAUUUGGAAUAAAAAUGAUAAAUUCUGCU